AUCUAGAUUAGGACUAUAAGUAUAAUGGGCAUUAAUGGGAAAUGCAAUAUUUGAAUAUACACAGACAGAGAGUCUAUGUUUAACAGAUUCUAACCGAUAGUUAAAAAAAAAAACAAAAAAAAAACAAGUAGAAUCUAGAUCUACAAGUUGUAUACAAAGUCUGGUUUUAACUUCAACAAUGCGUGUUGCUGGACUUAUCUUAAAUAAAUAAAGUAAGUACUAAGUAAGUAGGCUUAUUUCAUAAUCGUUACAAUACGGAUGUAGAUCUAAAUCUAGUCCUAAUUUCUAGGUCUACAUUUCAAGUUCCGUAGCCUAUUCUGCCACUGGAUUGUAGAUCUAGAUAUAAUACUAGCUAGGGCCUAGCUUAGGUCUACUUGGUUGUCAUUCAUCGUUUUAUAACUUUGGGAAAUAAAAAACAACGUUGAGAUAAGUAGGUCAAUGUACUAUGAAUGUAGAUCGAUGUGUUGCCAUGGCAUAUGUUUAUUUCGUAUUUCAAGUUGCGAAAUUGGAAUAUAAAUUAUUAACAUAGAUCUAGAUAUAUCGAUUGUUAAACAAAACAAAAUGAUAGCAAAUGGAACAUGAAAAAGAUCUAGAUUCUAAUCUAUUUUAUUAUAUUAGUUAAAGACAGUCAUAGUGCUACAUAAAAUUCUAUUAAUUCCGAUUUUCAUAAACGUACACCGAAUACGAUUCCCUAACAGAACAAAAUCCCCAGACGGGCCUCAACCAAAUGGUGGGUGUGUCUCUUUACGUUAGAAAAAAAAAUAAACCCAAAACAAUUUUAAAAAAAACCCAGACAGGCCACAUUAUCAGGUCUAGCGUUUCACAUCUAGAGGGAGUAAGCUGUUAAAAAAAUGAAGCUAUAUUCUUAGAAAAAAAAAUAGAAAAGUUUAGACAUAACAUGAAAAAACAACAACUCACAAUACAUAGCGUUUUUUAACGCAAGUGGUUUACCUUUAAAAAAAACAGAUUAAAAAAACAAAUUUACUGUGAUAAAAGAAACCAAUGAAGAAAUAAGAGUGGGAAAUUAAUAUAUAGUUAGGUUCAACUGUUAAAAAUAAAUAAAAAAAAACAAGUUCUAAAGAAUUUAAUAUUUUGUUGUUCAUUCUGCUCUUAAAGUUUGGCCAGGAAAGAUGGCAGUUGUUAAAAAAUUACUGGAGUUUAUUGAAAAAACAAAUGAGUUCCCUUGCUCUUUCAACUUAGAGACUGCAGAUCUUGGUAGCAGAUUUAAUAACUCUUGUGAGUUGCAAAAGCCAAAUACAGGUGAGGGCCUGUGGUCUUACUUCAAACGCCACUUGGAAGAAAAUACUGACCAAUUAGACCCAGAGCUUGUUGAUCCUACAUGGAAAGAUAACCUGAGGGUUCGAGUCUACGCCGAACUUGGAGACUUUGACAAGGCUGAGGAACUUAACAAGGAAAUUUUAGAAAGAAGUCCAGAAAAUUUGGUGGCUCUUACUAAUUUUGCAUAUUUGUUGGCUAGUAUGUUUCAGUUUGAUGAAGCUGAAAAUGUAGUAGCAAAACUAGAGGAAAUCAAACAGAGUAAAGACUUUAAUCAAUUUAAACUAGAAGCAAUAUGCGAACAAGGAUACACUUACACUAAAAUAGCUGUAACAACUGACAAAACCAAUAAACAAAAUGCCAUUAAAAUUUUGGAAUACUGUGUGAAUGAAUUAAAAACUAAUGAAGAAAAUUAUAAAAGCUUCAAUGGGACUGAAAAACUAGAACUUAUGUUAGCAAUCUUGUAUAGGCGUAGUAGUUUUCCAAUGCGUGAUGAAACUGAUUAUGAAUUUACUAUCAAAGCAGUUAAGCUUUUCAGUUCAAUUUUGGAAUCAACUUUGAGCAAUUCAGUAAAGUCAAUUUGCUUUGUAGAGCUUGCAAGAAUAAAUAAAAAUGAACAUGGGGAAAAGUUUUAUGUAUCAGAUUACUCAGUCACAGACUUGUGUCAGCUUGCUGUGGAAUUGAAACCACACAGUUUGCAUAUUCUAGAAACACUGGGCCCAAUUCUUGUAUCUGUUGAAGAUCUUUCUAAAGCAGAAAGUUUAUUACAGGAAAUAAUAAAGAAAACUAAUGAGUCUUUAGCACACAGCUACUUAGGUGGUGUUUAUUUUUCUCAGGCUAAAAGGUUUAAGUCUAACUUCCCUAAAGCUCAUCAUACCAUUAACAGAAGAAACACCAGGAAUGAUGUAGUGAAACUCUUGUUAUCAAGUAUCUUAAAAAUGCCUGCUUACAGUGCUAAAAACACCUAUCUAAGAGAAGCUAUUAAGAAUUACACAAUUUUCCUUAAAAGUGAUUAUGUCUUUGCAGGCAGUCAUUGUAUAAUAGCUUUUAAGAUGUUUCAGGCAAAAGAGUAUGAUGAGGCAUGGAAUAUUUGUCAGAAAAUUAUUCAUGUGGGAACGAUUCUAUCAGCUUGUCAUAUUGAUGCUUAUUAUAUUAUGGCACUCUGCUGUGCUAUCAGGUUUGCUAACUCUUCUGUAAUGGAUAACUACAAAGAAAUAGAAAAUAAGUGUUUAGAAAUGGCUGUUUUAAGUAUCCGCUGUGCAGCUGUUUUAUUGUUCGAUGAAGAGGAAGCAUAUACUGAGGAUCAACAGCUUUUAUGGCAAGGGUUUCUUGUAGAGCCUGAAAAUAUGCUAUAUUAUAUAAUGGACCCUAAAAUAAAUUGCUUUGAUAGAUUACAGAAACUCAUGUGUAUGUUUAAGUGUGCAUUACCUGACCUGGAAAGAAUUAUCCAGAAGACAGAUGAAGAUUGGAAUGACGUGACACAAAUAGAACAAGAACUAGAACAACUGAAAAACACCAACCUAAAUUUAGCUUUGCUGUAUCUGUCGUUGAUCAACUUGAGACCAGAGACCAGACAGCGUAUCUCAUGGAGAAACAGUCAUGUAGUACAGGCAAUCAAACUUGAGGCAGCCAAAGACAUCUUCACACAGGGGAAACAGGCAGAUAUCCAUACAAGAUUGUGGCAGGAAAUCUUUAAAGAAGAAUUUCAAAUCGAUCCACAUUCUAAAAAAUACCCUGCCGCUCAUCUUGAUCGGUUGAUUCAGGGAACAGCAUGCGACAUAUUUAUAGUUGAAAACAUAAAACCAACAGACAAUGUUGAAAAUGACAAUAGUUUUUCUGAAAUUUUAGAAGAGGUUUUAAAUAGCAACUGCGAUCUAUUAGUACUCAAAUCAACAGAUUUUAGUAACCCCUUCCAGAUAAAUUAUUACAUAUCUAGAUCAACUGUUUUGAUUUUCAUACAGAAAAAGAUGAAAAACAAAGAUGCAAGCAUGGAAAUGAAAUUCAACACAGCUCACACUAGUACUAAUAAGGAUGCUAAUUUUUUAAAUGAGUCUCUGGAAAUAUUUGCUGCCUCAGUUAAAAAAAGGUCUAAGCCCAGGCAUGCCAUCAUCGCUGUGGUAGAAGAGGAGAAUCACGAAGACGAGCUUAGAAUUCCCAAAGAACUUUCUGGACACUCUCAGCUGACUUUUACAUUGGAAGAAAUGAAAGCUUUGGAGGAGAUAAAAGUAUUAGAAGACAUGAAAUAUCCCGAAGAGAUACAAGUUUAUAAGGAGUUGAAAGUUUUGGAAGAGAUGGAAAAUCCCAGAGAAAAAAGACAUGUUGAUGUUUUUAUGAAACUUUUCAAGUGUAUAAUUAGACAGUAACUAGAAAUAUCAUACAUAUAUUCUUUUGAAAUGUUUAACUAAUGACAGAAGUGUUAGUCAUGUGCAGUCCAACUAAGAAUGUUUAAUGUCUUCCUUAAUUAAAUCAUUAAACUUCAGUUCCUUAUUUGAAUACAUAAACUACAGAGACUUUAAAUUACUAUUGGUUAUAAUUGUUAAUAAUAAUGUGCAGUUUUAAAAUAACUUACAAAUAUACUUUUAUUUAUUAUAUGCAUUAGAUUAUUUUUUAUUAUGUCCAUUGCAUGUUUAAGUAUAUCAUACUUGUUUAUGCUAUGUAAUUUUAGAAAUAGAUCUACUGUUUUUAGUCACAGAUAUGUAAUUUUAAAAUUAAGUAAAGUAUACUAUUUACUAAUUUGAUAUUUUUGUUCCGUGUUGCAAUAGAACUCUAUUAAUUUUCUAAGGAUUUUUUAAAUAAUUUAAGAUUUUUGUAGGAACCUACGGCCUAGAAACUAAGAAAUAAAAAACACUUUUAUGUGUGUGUGUAUGU